ACCCGCGGGCGCAGAGCGCGUCGCCGCGGGAACGAGCGAGGGAGGCGAGCGGCCGGCCGGGAGCCUCGGAGCCGGGGAAGACAGCCCUGGUCCCCCUGAGAUGCGCCCACGCAAGGGGGCAGCGGGACGGAUGCUAUGGGGCGGCCGACCCGGCGCCAGUGGAGACCCCGCGCUCUGCGCACCGCCGCCUUUUUGGUGCUGCCCCUGGUUCUACAUUGUGAUUCCUUAGUGAACGUCUCCCUUCCUGCUCUGCCACAGAAGUUUUGCGAAAACCAACCAGUGCUUCAAAACCUAACAGGUCCUUCCUGCCGAGCCACCAUGGACCAGAUUGGGACUUGCUGGCCACGGAGCAGCGCCGGGGAUCUGGUGGAGAGACCUUGCCCCGAGUUUGUCAACGGAGUCAAGUACAACACUACUCGAAAUGCAUAUCGAGAAUGCAUGGAAAAUGGGACAUGGGCUUUCAAAGUUAAUUACACGCAGUGUGAACCGAUUCUCGACGAAGAGACCAAGCCUGCUCUUCAUUACAAGGUGGCCAUGAUUAUCAACUACCUGGGGCACUGCAUCUCCAUUGGAGCGCUUAUCGUGGCCUUCUUAUUGUUCCUCUGCUUGAGGAGUAUCCGAUGCCUCCGCAACAUUAUCCACUGGAACCUGAUCACAACGUUCAUCCUGAGGAACAUGAUGUGGUUCGUGCUACAGACUAUUGACCACAAUAUCCAUGAGAGCAAUGAGCUUUGGUGUCGGUGCAUCACAACCAUCUUCAACUACUUUGUGGUGACCAAUUUCUUCUGGAUGUUUGUGGAAGGUUGCUACCUCCACACGGCCAUUGUGAUGACGUACUCAACGGACAAGCUGAGGAAAUGGAUUUUUCUCUUCAUCGGCUGGUGUAUUCCUUGCCCCAUUAUCAUUGUCUGGGCUGUCUGCAAACUUUAUUAUGAAAAUGAGCAGUGCUGGUUUGGAAAAGAACCCGGGAAAUAUAUAGAUUACAUCUAUCAAGGACCAGUAAUUCUUGUUCUGCUGAUAAAUUUUGUGUUCCUGUUUAACAUAGUUAGGAUUCUAAUGACGAAACUGAGAGCUUCAACCACUUCAGAAACCAUACAAUACAGGAAGGCGGUCAAAGCAACCUUAGUCCUCCUGCCGCUUCUGGGAAUUACCUACAUGCUGUUUUUUGUCAACCCAGGAGAAGAUGACAUAUCCCAGAUCUUUUUCAUCUACUUCAAUUCCUUCUUGCAGUCUUUUCAGGGUUUUUUUGUGUCUGUGUUUUACUGCUUCUUAAAUAGUGAGGUGCGUUCUGCAGCUCGAAAAAGGUGGCACCGUUGGCAGGACCAUCACUCCCUCCGUGUACGCGUGGCCCGUGCCAUGUCCAUGCCCACCUCUCCAACCAGGAUUAGCUUUCACAGUAUAAAACAAACUGCAACUGUGUGAACAAGCCCAAAGCCCCUUGAUCUGCCCGGAACAGUGUUUCUCAACCUUGGUCGCUUUAAGACAAGUGGACUUGAACUUCCAGAAUUCCCCAGCCAGCAUAAAGAGCUGAAGUUCACUCAAGCUGGCUGAGGAAUUCUGGGAAUUGAAGUCCAUGCCCACUAACUGAGGGAUUCUGGGAGUUGAAGUCCACUCAAGCUGGCUGGGGAAUUCGGGGAUUUGAAGUCCACCAAUCCCUGCCAGAGAACUCUGGGAGCUGAAGUUCACUCAAGCUGGCUGGGGAAUUCUGGGAAUUGAAGUCCAUGAGCACUAACUGAGGGAUGCUGGGAGUUGAAGUUCACUUAAGCUGGCUGGGGAAUUCUGGGAUUUGAAGUCCACCAAUCCCUGCCAGGGAAUUCUGGGAGCUGAAGUUCACUCAAGCUGGCUAGGGAAUUCUGGGAAUUGAAGUCCAUGCCCACUAACUGAGGGAUGCUGGGAGUUGAAGUUCACUCAAGCUGGCUGGGGAAUUCGGGGAUUUGAAGUCCACCAAUCCCUGCCAGGGAACUCUGGGAGCUGAAGUUCACUCAAGCUGGCUGGGGAAUUCUGGGAAUUGAAGUCCAUGCCCACUAACUGAGGGAUGCUGGGAGUUGAAGUUCACUCAAGCUGGCUGGGGAAUUCUGGGAUUUGAAGUCCACCAAUCCCUGCCAGGGAACUCUGGGAGCUGAAGUUCACUCAAGCUGGCUGGGGAAUUCUGGGAUUUGAAGUCCAGCAAUCCCUGCCAGAGAAUUCUGGGAGCUGAAGUUUACUCAAGCUGGCUGGGGAAUUCUGGGAAUUGAAGUCCAGCAAUCCGUGCCAGAGAAUUCUGGGAGCUGAAGUUUACUCAAGCUGGCUGGGGAAUUCUGAGAAUUGAAGUCCAUGCCCACUAACUGAGGGAUGCUGGGAGUUGAAGUUCACUUAAGCUGGCUGGGGAAUUCUGGGAUUUGAAGUCCACCAAUCCCUGCCAGGGAACUCUGGGAGCUGAAGUUCACUCAAGCUGGCUGGGGAAUUCUGGGAUUUGAAGUCCAGCAAUCCCUGCCAGAGAAUUCUGGGAGCUGAAGUUUACUCAAGCUGGCUGGGGAAUUCUGGGAAUUGAAGUCCAGCAAUCCCUGCCAGAGAAUUCUGGGAGCUGAAGUUUACUCAAGGUGGCUGGGGAAUUCUGGGAAUUGAAGUCCAUGCCCACUAACUGAGGGAUGCUGGGAGUUGAAGUCCACUCAAGCUGGCUGGGGAAUUCGGGGAUUUGAAGUCCAGCAAUCCCUGCCAGAGAAUUCUGGGAGCUGAAGUUCACUCAAGCUGGCUGGGGAAUUCGGGGAUUUGAAGUCCAGCAAUCCCUGCCAGAGAAUUCUGGGAGCUGAAGUUCACUCAAGCUGGCUGGGGAAUUCUGGGAAUUGAAGUCCAUGCCCACUAACUGAGGGAUGCUGGGAGUUGAAGUCCACUCAAGCUGGCUGGGGAAUUCUGGGAUUUGAAGUCCAGCAAUCCCUGCCAGAAAAUUCUGGGAGCUGAAGUUCACUCAAGCUGGCUGGAGAAUUCUGGGAAUUGAAGUCCAUGCCCACUAACUGAGGGAUUCUGGGAGUUGAAGUCCACUCAAACUGGCUGGGGAAUUCUGGGAAUUGAAGUCCACAUGUCUUAAAGUUUCUGAGGUUGAGAAUCACUGGUCUGGUGAGCACUAUUUUCCCUUGUGGUUUUCUCCCCUCUCUUUUGAACCUAUAUUUCCGUCCCAUUUCUAAUUCCCAAAAAAGAAACUUGGGUUUAUUUCUCCAAAAAAACCCUCUUUGCUUUGAUAUGAUGCUCUUUUUUUCAAAGGAACUGCAGAUCGGGUUUUUUUAAUGGGGGCAGUGGGCAGAAGCAGAAUUGGAAAGGAAUAUUAGCGAGGAACCUUCCCUUGUUGUCCAAAAUCCUAAUUCUUUGGCUGGAAAGAAUUACCAAGUGAGACACUGCAGGCAGAGAAUGUGUAGCUGAUGUCAAAAAGCCGAUAUGGCAGCUAGGAAAAUGCAAUUGUGAAGCCCUGCCUCUUUUUAAAAACCACCAUUUAUUUUUGGAUUAUAUCCUGUCUUUGUUAUACAACUCAAACAUCCCUUCCUCCGAUUUUCCCUACAACAACAACAACAACCCUGUGAGGUGGGCUGAGCUGAGAAAGAGAAGGAGUGAGUGGCACAAAGUCACCCAUGCAGCUUUCGAGCCUAAGGUGGGACUAGAACUCACUGUCUCCUGGUAAUUGGUCACCUGGCUGGUUUUGUGCCUAGGGCAGGCCAGCUGUAACCAUUACAUCAAACUCUCGGCUCAACUUUUCCCUUUUCCCCCCCCCAGCCUUUCAAAAAGAACUAAUAAAAAGUAUUUAUUUAUAUUGUAUUUAUGAUAUUGAUUUUCUCCCUUCUGUUUAAUCACUUUGUUGAGUCCAUUUUUAUAUAUUAAAAAAAAGGGCUCAUACACAUAAGGUGAUUUUCAGAGACUGCCUGGAGAAAUCUCUGCAGUUUUCUUAGCAAAGUUAUUCAGAAGUGGCUUGCCAUUGUCUCCUUUAUAGGGCUGAGAGAGUGACUGGCUCAAGCUCACCCAGCUGGCUUUGUGCAUAAAGCAAAACUAGAACUCACUGUCUUCUAGUUUCUAGCCUUUAGACAGCACACCAAACUGCCUCUCCAGUUGGCACUUUCCUUCUAUAUUUUUCAGGAAAUUGUUUGGUUUUUUUUCCUCCUGGAUUUGACACAGCCUAUCUUGGUUGCUUUGUGCCUUUAUUCACCCAAACUAAAUACAGAUUUAGCAUGCAGAAUCUGCCAAUCUUGGGCCCAAAGGAGCAGAUAAAUUAGUAUAUUUUAUUCCAUUUUUUAUGAAUAAAGAAUCCGUGUCUCUAGUUUCACAGAACAGGGAAAUCUAUUCUUCAGAAGGCUCCAAUACAUGUUUACUCAAAAGUAAAAGAAGAAGAAAAAAAUGACAGGGAAUUAAAUUUGUCAUUUUUAGGAUGAUAAAAGAACAGCCAUUUUUUUUUUAGUGAGCAUCAGAGAUUAGAUUUAUAGAUUUUGCUAAGCUGUGGUUUAUUUUGGGUGGUUCAUAACAGCUUGCUAAUAGAAAAGCUAGAAAGACUACACGAUGGCUUUGUCUAAUGUCAAAUUAAAUAUACGUAUAUAUAUAUAUAUUUAUAUUUAUAAAUUCUAGAGGGGAGUUUUUGCAACUUUCUUGGCAAUAGAAUUAAAAUAGCUUGCUAUGGUUUUCCACUCUAGCCUGUACAGGUAAUCCUCUACUUACGACCACUUGUUUAGUGACUAUUUGAAGUUACAACAGUUCUGGGGGGGAAAAAGAUUAUUUACAAUCAGUUCUUACACUUACAAUUGUCACAGCCAAUGUCAUUGUCAGAAUUUGGCCACUGAGCAACCAGCAUGUAUUUAUGAUUCGUUUAGUGUCAUGAGAUCUCAGGAUCACCAUUUCUGACUUUCCCAGCUGGGCUUUUGACAAGCAGAAUCAAUGGGAAAAAUCAGAUUCACUUAACAAACAUACGAUUUACUUAACAACCACAGUGGGGAGGGGUGUAAAAUUGGACAUGACUCACUUAGCAACCAUCUUGUUUAGCGACAAGUUUUGGCCCCAAUUUUGGACAUAAGUUAAGGACUACCUGUACCUCUUGGUUUCCCUGGUGGUGUGUUACCUGAAAUAUUAACUGAACUCUCUCUAGCUUGGUUUCUAUAAUGGGUUAAGUUUAGUUAAAUCUUUGCUGAAUCCAGUUUUAACUUCUAAUGGGACGCAGAAUAACGGAAGAAGAGAAUUGGAAGGGUACCUGGAGAUCAUUUAGUCCAACCCACUGUUCAAGCAGGAGAUCCUUUACAAUUUUAUAUAAGUGGUUGUCCAAUCUCUUCUUGAAAACUUCCAGUGUUGGAGCACUCACAACUUCUGGAGGCAAGCCGUUCCUAAUUGUUCUCACUGUUAGGAAGUUUCUCCUUAGUUCUAAGUUGCUUCUCUCCUUGAUUAGUUUCCAACCCUUGCCUCUUGUCCUGCCCUCAGGUGCUUGCAAAAAAAAAAAAAAACACCUUGCAAACACACAUGAAUGCUGCUGAAAUUGCUGUGAUUGUUGGUUUGUUUUGUUGUUGCUUGGAGUUACACUCCUGCCACCUUUUUUGUAUAAUACAGUGUUUUUGAGUUACUGUGGGGGACAUGAUUAGCCCUUAAGAAGGCCUUGUUUUGGUCAGAUGGACCUAUUUUGAAAGUUCAUGCAUCGGUUUGUAAUUGCCUGUUUGUGAACAGUGUGAGAGAGUUUUGCUGAGAUGCUUGUAUAAAACAACUAUCUAGGGGUUUUGUUGUUGUUUUUUUGUUUUUGUAGAGAUUGUGACAUUAUUUGAGACCAGCCAAAGAAAAAAAAUGAGUCAGAUGGUUUAAGAAGCAUUGCUGUAGGGGCCAAAAAAGUCAACAUGCAACAGGUUGCAUGGUGCUGCAACCUCAUGAUAUAAGCCAGAGUCUCCAAACUUGGCAAUUUUAAGACUUGUGAACUUCAACUUCCAGAAUUCCUCAGCCAGCCAUAGCUGACUGAAGAAUUCUGGGAACCGAAGUCCAUAAGUCUUAAAGCUGCCAUGUUUAGAGAACCUUCAUGUAAGCUUUAGCCGUCAGCCAUUUUGACUUUUCUGACCCCAUUCCUUUCCUAUGCAGGUGACCCUAUUUUUUAGGAAGUAUUAGCAGUCUUGAAAUAGAAAGGUAGAUUUCUAAAAGCAUCUGCUUUUUCAAUAUUUCUCGACUCUUUGUGGACAAAACAUAGCUGAGCUUCAGUGAGGGAGACUCAUAAGGACAUCCAUUUCCACCUUUAGAAACAAGGUUUUUAGGCUUAGACUGCAAAUUUGUCUGAAUAAACUAUGCUAGUGUAUAAUAGCCAAAAUUCAAAAGGAACUUAAUUGCCCCCUUUUAAACUAACGUUUUAUUCAAAGGCAGAAGUUUUCAUCAGAUGCAUAGUGUGGUGGUUGAUAUUUCUUAAACAUGGGCACCUUAAGAUGAAUGGACUUCAAUUCCCAGAAUUCAGUUCCCCUUCCCAUGGGUGGCUGGGGAAUUGGGGGAAAUGAAGUCCACAUAGGUGGACUGGGGAAUUCUGGGAGGUGGAGUUCUUGCAUGCUGACUGGGGAAUUCUGGGAACUGAAGUCCACACAUCAUUAAGUUGCCUCGUUUGAAAACACUGGACUAGUUUGAGGUGAGAUUUAAAAAUGGGAGGGGAUGGAAAGGGGAAGGAGAAAACCUGUGGCCCGUAACAGAAUCGUUGCUCUGGUUUUUGAGCCCCAGCCUCAAAAAUUACAGCUUUGUUUUUUUUUAUAAAGGGAAAACUUUGUAUUAAAAAUUAUUCAAAAUGAAGGAAACGAUAAACGGCAACUUGGUUCCAAAAGUUGUGUUACACUGGAAUGAUCUAGUUAGGCUCUGCAAGAAUUUUUAUGUGAUGUUGAAAUAAAGUGUAAAUAUUUUCAAAAAUAAACACUUCUACGUUUCUGGAUUUUGAGGUCUGUGUGAUUAAUUUUGGGGAAGGAAAGGAAACCAGUUCUGAUUAUCAUCCCUCCAGAAUUCAGCACAGGGACC